AUGCGAAGCGCAACGUUGAUAGAGAUCGAUCAGUCCAAUAAUGAGUGGACGCAACAUGCCUGUGCUGAGACGGCUCGCGGACUUCUUGCGAACAAAGCGCUCAAGGUCCUGUACCUCAGUAACAACAAGUGCCGCGAUGAAGGUGCCGUUUUUCUUGCAGAGGUGUUGGAAGCAGGCAACACGACGCUGGCGUACCUCGAUAUGGGCAACAACGGGCUCACUAGCACUGGCAUGACGCCACUGCUAAAGGGACAGUCAAUCACGCCGCUGCGCCUGUUCAACGACAAGCUCGCGCUUGAUGCACAGAAGAAAGCCAAUCUCGCCCUGGAUGUUGCAGUCAACAAGAACGCACAAAACGAAGACGGUAGCUAUGACCUUCAAGACCAGGGGUAA